GAAGCUCCAACCACAACUACAGUAGCUCCAACAACAACAACAGAGACACCAACCACAACUACAGCUUCUCCAACUACAACAACAGUAGCUCCGACGGCAACAACAGCAACUCCAACCAAAACCACCGCUGCUCCAACAACAACAGCAUCUCCAACCACAACUACAGCUGCUCCAACAACAACAUUAUCAUCAACCACAACUACAGCACCAACCACAACUACAAUAGCUGCAACCACAACCACAGCUACUCCAACGACAACAACAGCUGCUCCAUCCACAACAACAGUAACUCCAACGACAACAACAGGAACUCCAACAACAACCACAGCUUCUCCAACCACAACAACAGCUGCUCCAACCACAACCACAAUGGCUCCAACCACAACCACAGCUGCUCCAACCACAACUACAGCUGGUCCAACUACAAGAACAGAGGCUCACACCACAACCACAACAGCUCCAACUACAACCACAGUUAGUCCAUCUACAACCACAGCGGCUCCAACAACAACCACAGCUGCUCCAACCACAACUACAGCUGUGCCAACCACAACCACAGCUGCAUCAACUACAACCACAGCGGCUCCAACCACAACCACAGCUGCUCCAACCACAACAACAUCUGUGCCAACCACAACCACAGCAGUUCCAACCACAACCACAACAGCUCCAACCACA